GACAAGAUGAUCUCUGGGAUGCUGUGAGUGCUUCCCUGCUGGCCAGAUGACAUCAUCACCAUCAUCUUGUAUUCAAUCUGGCUAAGGCUGAAGUACGACGAAUCUAAGGAGCUGUUUCGCUAAUAAUACCCGACCGCUUAGCUAUGAUGCCCAUGAUCCCGAACUGUCGAAAGCACGCUUCAAUGCUCGGAGGUGGAUGCACAAAUACAACAACUACUUCCCUGAUGACCCGGAAGCGGACUUCGAAUCCUUAGCGGAAGUUCGGCAUAAUAUGCUUAAGCAGUUCUUAGGUCAUGUUGGGAAUGGUGUUUUCAUUGAACCAUCACUCGCCGUGGACUACGGAUGCAACAUUCGCCUUGGGGAUCGAUUCUAUUCCAACUUCAAUCUGACCAUUUUGGAUUGCGCACUAGUCACCAUAGGCGAUCGUGUUAUGUUCGGCCCGAAUGUGUCGAUCCUAACAGCUACUCACGAAACUGAGGUGCAAAGUCGUAGGGACGAUAUAGAGUACGCCAAACCCAUAACUAUCGAAGACGACUGCUGGGUAGGCGGUAAUGUUGUGAUCCUACCUGGUGUCACAAUUGGCCAGGGAUGCACCAUUGCCGCUAGCUCGGUGGUAACGAAGAAUAUUCCGGCGUGGAGUGUUGCCAUGGGUGCACCUGCACGGGUUGUGAAAAAGGUGACUCCUCUGGAACCUCAUAGUUAAGGGACAUCAGUUAGUUCUACACUAUUUGCGUGUGACUAAGGUAGAUAGUAACUAAAUAGAUUUGGCAAUAGACAUUGGUUUAUAUUUCUGCC